AUGUCAUCCAUCCACACCACCCUCCUCCCCCCCCUCAUCCACAUCCAACAACCCUCCGCAACAACAACAACAACAACCCCCUUCGUCCUCGCCCUCGCGCUCGCGCUAGCGCUCCUCCUCCCAACAGCCACCUACCUCAUCCACCGCGACUACCGCGCCUUCCUCUCGCUGGGCGCGGGCGGCACGCCGCAGACGUUCCUGUCGGGCUACCUGCGCGUGAAGCUGCUGUCCGUCUUCGCGCUGUCGUCGCCGCGCUCGCCGGCGCCCGUCCCCGCCGACCUGCGGCAGACGGGGUACCUGGUCGGUUCGUCCCUACCGGCGCGGCGGGGCCCGCGCCCCACGGUCGUGGGGAUAGCGCCGCAUCGGCAGACGACGCAGAGGGCUGGGGCGAUGGAUGGAGCAGCAUCGGCGGAAGGAGCGUCGGCGUACGCGAUGCUGGCGGCGCGGCUGCGGGCUCUGGCGCGCGAUCCGGCGAACCACCUGGCGGAGGGGACGUCGUGUUUCGAGAAGCACGGGACGGGGCUGUUCAGCACGCGGCCGCUGACGCGGACGUGUCGCGGCGAGGUGUGCCACGUGCACGGCAGCGACGGCAGCCUGCACAUGACGCUGUACCCGGGGGACGCGAAGCUGGUCAUCGAGCGCGGGUGGGGGGAGCGGCAUCCGAUCGCGCGGGGGGGCUUCUUCUCGCGCUUCGUGCCGCGGCAUUUCGUCAUGGUGUAUGCGCCGCGGGAUGAGGGCGAGGUGGCGGUCGUGGCGAGGAUCGUGGGGGCGGCGGUGUGGUGGGUGAGCGGGGUGUGUGUGGGGAAGGGGGAGGGGGAGGAGGAGGGCGGCGGUGUGAGGGACGAUAGGGCGAGGUCGGAGGCGGAUGCUUUGGUUGUGGAGGAGGUGAGGGAGGCGGGUGGGGAGGUGGAUUGGAGGAGCGGGAAGGGGGUGUCGGAGGCGAUGUUUUGCUCGGGGUGCCGGCAGAAGCAGUAUGCGAGGAUGCAGGCCUGUUCGUGA